CGGUACUGUAGACACAUCCGAUACAAGCCAAAAACUUGUAAUCGCAAUUGUUUGAAACUUUUUACAAAAGACAAAUCUUAAACAAAGACCCAAUUCUUCCCUGGUUCUGCCCACAGACAAGUGAAAAUCACUGUGCUAUUUUUAUUUGGAAAUUUGUGAAGCGUCGCACUUUGGAAAAAUCCCAACGCGGUAUAUGACAGUUAAGAUGUCUAGUGAAGGUGAUUCUUCCAAAAAUCUCUCUUCAGAGUCUAACGAGAAGAGUGAGGCCGAAAAUACGGAUUCUUCACAAGACGCCAAAACUGACGCACCUGCGGAGAACAGCGAUGAGAAGAAAGAAGAGGAUUCCAAGCCUAAAGAUGCUCCAAAAGAGUCUUCAGACGAAUCAGAUAAAAAACCUGAUAGCAGCAAAGCAACUGCAGAUAAAGCAGAAAAUGCAAAAACUGAAGUAACAACUUCGGAUAAGAAAGAAGAGAAAACCAAGACCAAGGAGACCAAGGAGGAAGAUGAGGAGGAAAACAGUGAGCAGGAUGAUGAAAAGAGUGAGAAAGGUGACAGCGAAGAUAAAGAAGUGCCAUUACUUGAUCAGCCUCUUGAAAAAUCUGGUAAAAGAGAACGUAAGAACGUGCAGCGGUUCAAUGAGGAGCCUCCAGAACCAAAAGAGAUCGAGUUUCCUAACGGGUCCGGUACAUCCCUGGGCAACAUACCACGAGUAGAUGCUUCAAUUUCACGUUUUAAAAAUGACGAUAUGAAGGUACUUCACCGAAUAUUAUUUAAAACUCCUGGGAAAACCACAAUGAUUAAGAAAAAUAUUAAAAAAUUCAAUGGCUUCGACUUCAAAAAAGACUCCGAUGAGUAUACUAAAAAAGUAGCAUCAUUGCACAAAUAUGAAGUUAAACAUUUGAAAAGCGUUUGCGAAAUGUUGGAUCUUCAGAAGACUGGACCCAAAGAUGAUAUAAUUGAAAGGAUACUAGAUUUCCUCCUAGAACCUAAAGAUUCUGGCAAAGCAGUGGGAGGUGGCAGACCGAAAAGAACUGCUGCAGUACGAGCCAAUAACAGAGGAUAUUCGUCUCAUGAUAAUUAUUCGAGCGACGAGAAACAUAGUGGGCGUUCAGGUAGAGACAAAGGUAGACGUUCCAAUCUUAAAGAUGAUAGUUCCAGUGCUAGCGACGAAGACUUUGAACCUUCAGAUGAAGGAAGUGAUGAAAAACCCAGAGUUACUAAACGAAAACGCGUUGAUCGCAAAAAAGUUGACUCUGAGGAUGAAGACGCUAGCGAAAUGGAAAGCGCUAGCUCUGAUGAUAGUGACUUCCAAGAUGAGCCGAAAAGCAAACGUAAGAAGACUGUAAAAGCCAAUAAUAAAAGUAAAGGUAAGGCUGCGGGCAAAAGAGGUAGAAAACCGGCACCAGCGAAAAAACCCGCUAAAGGAGGAAAGAAAAAGAAAGAGAGUUCCGAGGAGGAGGAAGAAGAGGAAAGUGAACAAAAAGAAGCAGCAAGCAGUUCUUCUGAAGACGAGCCUUUAGUGAAAAAGGCAGCAAAAACCGCUCAACCUCCCACUGAUGACGAAAUUAAAAGUUACGUCAAGGAAAUUUUAGAAGGGGCGAAUUUAGAACAGAUCACUAUGAAGACUGUUUGCCAACAAGUUUAUGCCCAUUAUCCAGAUUUUGAUCUCGCACACAAAAAGGACUUCAUUAAGUCUACUGUAAAAUCUCUUAUAUCAACGUGAACUUGUUCAAUCGCUAGAGGUAAAACAUAUUGUAAAAUAAAAGCAACCCUAUGUGUAUGUCCGAGUACAAAGUUUGUAUUUCGUUUUUUUUUUUUUUCAUAUUUUACACUAUGCAUUUUAUCAGAUAACUUUGGCAAACUAGUUAUUAAGUAAGUUAGUUUUUAACGUAUCCAGAUGUUUGCAAAUGAGUUCUGGGCUUAAGUGAAACUUUUUUAUCUCAGAAUUUGUUUGAUGUACAUGGUUUCUUCAAGUUUAUUAUUGUAUAUUCCACCUACAUUAAAGUAUAGUAUUUAUGUGUUUGAUAGUUAUCUCAGAGAUCUUAACACAAGAAUUUUAUUAUACAUAGAUAAAACACCUUUUUGUUGGAGAGAACUAAAUAAAAAUUGUUAAUUAUCUAUUGUUUUCAUUUUUAGAUUUAUUUGAUUUUUUACGUAAUUAUGUGCAAAUUAAAGUGUAACAAAGAACUUGUUUACUGUCAAAGCUUUUAAUAUCAGUUUGCGGUUGUUUAAAAUGUCUGCCAGAAUAUAAGAGAAAACCAAGAUUGUACAAAUUGUGUCAAAAUUAAAAUAUAUUUUUUCUAUGUAAGACAUUUCAAAUAACCAAUUAUUGUUUUAGUUUCAACUGUGUAAAGGUGACUGUAAAAAUCUUUUUUUAUUAAUAAUAUACUGUCAUUUUCUUUCUUGCUUCUACAGGUUGUCAUGUGAAAUAGUGUUUUGAGUUUCCAAUGAUUUAGAGUGCUUUGUUGUCUUAUCAAAAUGUCUAUGCUAGUAGAUCUUAGUAAUAAUUAACAAUAGAAAUCUAAAUUGUAUUACUUUCAAAAUACAAUCUUUAUUAUACUUGCUCAGACUUUUGAUUACUUUUUGCCUAGAAUAUCAUGGAAUACAAAACAUUGUUGAAUUAGCGUCUCCAGCGCUGAAUUUUUAUUUUGUGACUCAUGAAAGUCUCAUUAGGUACCGCUUAAUCUGGUUGAUGUUUUGAAAUUCCUCUAAAUUGGCAAGAAUUACUGGCCUGAGGGCUUUCUAUUAGAUGAUGUUCCAAAAAUAAAAUUCAAGAAUGAGAAACUGCUCCUCAACCCUAUUAAAUAAUUUUUAAGUCAA